UAGGAGCGAAGGAGGACAAUAGCGUUCAUUAUCGUUUGAUACAGCUCAGGAAUAAUUCAGCAAUGGACCAUGCCAAUCGAUGGCACUUACAUUAAGAUGACGUGAUAGAAUAAACUUGGCCGAUUGUCAAGCCAUUUAUAGAGAUAUAAGAGGUAUAUGCAAAACUACCGUGGUGGUCGACAUGGUCGUCCGGCAUACGAAAUAAUCUAGGAGAAUUAUAUCGAAUUCCAAUCAGUUUUAAGAAUCGCUGUGAGAUGUGUGUGUGAAAGUUAAAGUAAUUUUAACAAAGAAAACUGGAUUUAUUAGCAGACUUGAAUUUUAAUACUGGCGAUUUGAUUAAAAGUGCAUUACAACGUAUAAGAAAAUUUCGUUUUGCGACAUGGCGAAUUUUACUGUGAAUAGUACCGGGAACGCCACUAUUCCAUACAUUGGGGACUAUUCUGGUCCCUGUUCCACAACGGGAUGCCGCGCAGUAGCAGUUAUCAUCUCGCUGGUAGCUAUCCCGGGGGCUGUAGCCAAUGCCCUAGUGUGUGUGCGGGUAUGUGCCGACCCGAGGUUAAGGACGCCAACAUUUACGGCCUUAGCCUUGCUGGCUUUAGCCGACUUCCUCUUCAUCCUCCUCAAAUACAACAGUGUGGUGGUCCUCCAUUUCUUCUACAACGGGUUUGCUAACACGCCUUUCUACCUCCUCGUCAUGGAUUCCCUAGCUACCAUAUGUGGCGCCUCCUCAGCCUACCAUGUGGUGCUGUUAUAUUCAUUCCGAUAUUUCAAACUAGUUUAUCCGCUUAAAGGAUACUUGUGGUUCACAGUUAAAAAGAUUCUAGCCAUUUCUGGUGGGGUGUGGUUGGGAUGCACGAUAUUCAUUUCCGCCUAUAUUGUGACAGUUUAUCUAAUGGCGGACUCGCAUCCGGUUUUGGCGUUCGUUUUCAAUAUAAUCACUACAAUUGUAAUGGCCUUCCUGCCUCUACUGAUAAUUCUUAUUCUGCACUUUAUGAAAACAGCCAAACUCAGGAAUUCCAUUGCCGCCACUCGUGCCGACGUCACAAGGAUAAUGUCCCGGAUGGUGACGGCUAUUGUAAUAGUUUAUAUCAUAACAACGACGCCAGCGAACGUUCGUGACAUUGUGUCCCUCGGAUUCCAACCUCUUGAUUCCUCCUCGUACCACGUGUUUGAAGAAAUCUGCCGUGUAUUGAUGUUUGUCAAUUUUGCCGCAAACCCAUUCAUAUACCUCCUUUUUUCUUCACAUUUUCGACAGAGUGUUCUAGCAUGCUUUGUUUGUUGAAACCAAUGCUUAACAGUACUGAUUAUAUUGAUGUGUGAGAUUGGACGUGAGGGAAGUGAGGAGGUAUUUGUAGCUGUGUGAGAUUGGACGUGAGGGAAGUGAGGAGGUAUUUGUGGCUGUGUGAGAUUGGACGUGAGGGAAGUGAGGAGGUAUUUGUGGCUGUGUGAGAUUGGACGUGAGGGAAGUGAGCUGUGUGAGAUUGGACGUGAGGGAAGUGAGCUGUGUGAGAUUGGACGUGAGGGAAGUGAGGAGGUAUUUGUGGCUGUGUGAGAUUGGACGUGAGGGAAGUGAGCUGUGUGAGAUUGGACGUGAGGGAAGUGAGGAGGUAUUUGUGGCUGUGUGAGAUUGGACGUGAGGUAAGUGAGGAGGUAUUUGUGGCUGUGUGAGAUUGGACGUGAGGGAAGUGAGGAGGUAUUUGUGGCUGUGUGAGAUUGGACGUGAGGGAAGUGAGGAGGUAUUUGUAGCUGUGUGAGAUUGGACGUGAGGGAAGUGAGGAGGUAUUUGUAUCUGUGUGAGAUU